AUGAGCCAACAGAGUCUCCAAAAGAUCCAAGUCGGUCCUUCCGUUGACCUCGAUCCAAUCAUCAAAGCCCUCCAACAAGACGGAGCAGUGAUACUUCAAAGUCUUUUCUCAUCUCAGCAAGUGAGAUCCUUCCUUGAAGACACCAAAAAGCCUCUGGCAUGCGCUCGACAGGGCACCGAAUAUUCGGACGAGAAGUUACGUCUAUUUUAUGGGUCCAAGACAAAAAGACUCUCAGAUCUCACAAGCGUGAGCCCAACAUUUCGAAAAGAUUUUUUAGACCAUGAUCUGAUUCAUCGGGUUUGCGAAAGUGUUUUCGUCCCCCAGUGCGGCACAUACUGGCUUGGUGGUGCUGAGAUAGUGGAAGUUGGACCAGGUGAAAAAGACCAGCCUCUACACCGCGACCAGGACGAGUGGCCUAUCUUCAAACUCAUAGGUCCAAGUGCUCCUGAGGCAUGUCUAAAUUUUCUAGUUGCUCUCUCGGACUUCACAGAACAGAACGGAGCAACAAGAAUAAUUCCUGGGUCAAAUAAACUGGAUUACUCCGUUGCCUGUAACGGGGCCGGGGAGCCAAUCCCGGCUGUUAUGAAUGCUGGUGAUUGCCUUCUCCUCAGUGGGAAGACGGUGCAUGGGGCUGGUGCAAAUAAUACAAAUUAUCAGCGACUUGGUCUAGUGCUUGCCAUGCAAUGCUCUUAUUUGACACCCGAGGAAGCCUUUCCACUCCAUGUUGGUCCCAAAACAGCAGAAACAAUGAGCCCGCGAGCACGUAGUAUGGUUGGAUUGUCUUCGCACUUUGCCAAAGAUGGUACAGGGCUCUGGCAGGGUGUUAAUUGCACUGUUUUAAGUUAA